AUGGUAAAACAAUACUCAUUCCUGGAAGCCUACCGUGUACGUUAUACGACAAACACAGUAAGAUCAUUCGGAAAAUAUAAAAACAGUCCAGAAAUAUGGUCCGAGCUAGACUUAAGAAGUCAAUUACCAGCUUCUGUAACACAAACACACUGGCACGUGAUUAUCAUUGAUGCUCCUCUUGGUUGCUGUCAAAAGGGUCCAGGACGAUAUCAGUCAAUCUACACUUCGAGGGUACUCGGAAGCAAAGGUACACAUGUAUUUGUUGAUGACUUUGAACGAAAAGUAGAACAUGAAUUUUCCACAAAAGUCUUUGGAAAACCAGUAGAGAAUAUGGACGCUUCAUUGAGGGUGUAUAGUGUUCUACAAUGCGUCUGUGCUACAGCAUUGGGGCUCACACAUAGAACAAAGCCUCUACCAUUGUUAUGA